AUGAGACUCACGCUCGCUUUCCCCCUUUCACUCCCUCUUCUCCCCGCCCUCACCGCCCUCACCGCUGCUGCCAGCACCACCACCACCCCCUUCACCCUCUCAAACCUCUACACCAAACAGCCCAACGGCAACCCCGACGGCCAAACCAACUUCUACACCAUCGAAUUCACCCUCAAAAGCACCAAUGGCGACUCGCCCCAAUCCGGAUACUGCUGGGCAUCAUGGGGCGACAACAGCUACACGAGCAAUAACGCCUAUUCCGAUUAUGUUCCCACGGGAGAAUGGAUCCAGUGCGCGCAUAAUGCUAGUGAGAUAGGAGAUCAAACGAGCGAGUUCGCAUUCCAGCUGUACAAACCGUUUGGGAUUGGGGCAUUUGAGGUUGCUGUGUUGCAGAAUUAUACGGAGACGAGCAACAACACACCAACCCAACUCAUAGCAACCUCCAUCCCUUACACCAUCACAAACUCCACCGGCUCCUCCUCCGCCCUAACCUGCUCCAUCAUCCCCUCGGAAAAUCCUGGGUUCCAAGUCCACGCCUCAGGCGAAUGCACCACCCCAUCCAACUUCACCGGGUACGAGAUCCCCGUGGCCAAUACCAGUUCCGCAUGCACAAACACGCCUUCUACCCUCGUCUCCCUAUCCUUCCCUGUUCAAGAAAGGACGGUUUACGGGGAUAAUGUGUUUGUUGUGGGAAAUAUCACCGAACUAGGGGAUUGGGAUGUCUAUCACGCCGUACCGCUGAGUAGUGAGGGGUAUACGGACAUCAACACGCUGUGGUCUGGCGGGGACGUGAAGGUCAGUGCGGGGACGCCGGUUGAAUACAAGUAUAUCCAGUGGAGUGCCGACGGGAGUCUUUUAUGGGAGUGUGGAGAGAACCGCGUGGGAUCGGUAGAGUAUGGGACGUGUGGGAUGCAGACGGUGGGGAAUGAUCCGGAUUACUUUCGGUGUGGAAAUCAUUGA